UGCACGACGCGCGCGACCGGAUUAUUGAUUCAUUUUUGUGGUUACUAAAAUUGGAUCUGAAAUUGUGUUCUACUAAAGUGAUAUUUUAUUUGGAUGCCAAUGGAUUCAGGAAUUUGGAGCUAAUACAGUUGAAUUUCAACAUGGACGCCAUGGAUGUUUCUUUACUAACGAGAAGUCUGAACUUUCAUGGCCAACAACUCCAGAAACUUUGGGAAUCCGAACGUGGUGAACAUGACUUACCUAAGAGAAAUGUGAAAGAUUUGAAUUACCAGGUUUAUAGUCAGAGACAAAAGUUUCUUAGCUUUCAAGAUCGUGCAAAACGUCUCAAACUCCAACAGUUUAUUGUGAAGAAUGCAGAGUCAUUGUUCGCCAGUGAUAACGAUGUUGUAUAUGGAAAGCCCUGCUCAAAAGAUGAGAUUGUUUCCGAAGAGACUUAUGCAGUUAUGCCACCUCUGGAACUUUACAUAAAUGUGGACAAACAGAAACGUUUAGAAUAUUUCUUUGAGAAUGUAAAAAUUGGUGAUUUGAUUUUGGGCACCAUUGUAAGCAAAACUCAGGCUGGAAUGAUGUUGAAGGUCUUAUGUACGACAGGAGUGAAUGCGGCAGUCCGAUAUGUGGCUGAUAUCAAUGUUAAAGCCUUCUGUCCUGUGGCUAAUGUAAUACCAGCCGUUGACAAAAAAGGUGUGGCUAGAACUUACAUGAUGAAUGAUUCGGUGUGCUGCGAAGUUCUCGAGGUAAUCCCCGAUUCUGACAAAAUGGUCUGCGGGAUGAAAGGAACCACCAGAGGUCCGAACGAUCCCGAGCAUCAUCCCGCAUUGGGACUCAUCAACGCCGACGAUUUUCCCGUCAUCUACAAAAAAGCCCAGGAAAACAAGAAUGAGCCAUUUAACAGUGUUAUGGAAAAGUCGAUCGGAUUCAACAACCCUAACAAUAUCUCCUAUUUGGCUGAUCAAAUGAACAUUAAUCAACACAUAUCUUUCAUGAAAGGAUUGAGGGGUAAAUUUCCGGAAAACGAAUACUCCAACGAACUCCGUCAGAUACAGGCCAGCAAGUGGGCGUAUAAAAACGUAGCCGACGGCAUAGAUCAUUUCAAGGCCGGCAAACACAUCGAAGCCUUCCAAUGCCUGAACAAGGCGUUGAGCAUAGACCCCAAAAACGUGGAAGGAUUGGUGGCCAGAGGGGCCCUUUACGCCAACAGCGGUAAUUUUCAGAAGGCGAUCGAAGAUUUCGAAUCGGCCCUAAAACUGAAUUCGAGCCACGCCAACGCCAGGAAAUACAUGGGCGAAACUCUGGUGGCUCUGGGAAGGAGCUACGAAGAGGACAACAAGAUCGAAGAGGCCAAAAAGGCCUAUCAGAGCUGUCUGAGCCUGAUACCGUUCCACGAAGAAGCCAAGAACUCGCUCGAGUUCUUGCGGACCAAGAAUCAGACGAAAAACCUAAUCGAACCGACCGAUCUGCUCUUGCCCAACCUGUCGGUGGCCGCGAAAACCUCCGACGUGAACGACGCCCUGAAACAGCUGUUGAACAAAGAGGAAGAAGAGAAGAAAGAUAAGAAAAAGAAGAAGAAGAACAAGAAACGCAAGAGCAGACGUCGAUCAAGUUCCAGCUCCAGUUCGAGUUCGUCCGGCAGCGACAGUUCGAGCAGCGACUCGUCGAGCAGCAGCGACUCGAGCUCGAGUUCCGGCGAUUCCGACUUCAAGAAACGUAAGAAGCGCCAUUCCAGGUCGCGCAGGAAGAAGGAGAACUCCCUGAGUCCCCUCAGCAAGAGGAUGGCGAUGAUGGAUCAGAGCAACGACACCCCGACCAAUUACAAUUUCAACAAACCGGCCACCUCUUUCGAUUUCUCGUUCGAACAGCCGCAGACGAGCGUCAAGCCCGACGAGAUGGAUUACGAGGCCAAAGUGCGAGCUUUCAUUAAAGAAACGAAAGGGGAUUCCGAUUACGAAGAGAAGGUAAGGAAAUUUUUGCAGGAGAGCUCGAAAUGGAAGAAGGAAAAGGAGGACGAGGAGAAAAAGAAGAAGAAGAAAAAGGAUAAAAAGAAGAAAGAUUCGAAAAAGAAAAAGAAGGAUAAGAAGUCGAAACGUAAGGGUUUCGACAUUUCCGAUCUGGACGAUCACAAAAAACUCCGAGACGCCAUCAAGAAGGAACUGAGCAGGGAGAAGAGGGCGAAAAAACACGCCGUCUUGGACGACGACGAUUAUUUCUUGCAAAAGUCCGGAUACUCUAAAAAGUUCAUUGAAAGUUUGCCCGAUCUAGAAGAAUUAGAGACCAAAUUGCAUGCUUAUUAUGCGUUGGAAAAAGAAUCUAAGGGACGCGAAGCCAGCGAAAGUCCGAAACGUUCGCUUAUGGAUUCACCCUCUCCGUCUAGAGAACAAAAAGCGAGACAGGCUGUGGCGGAAGCGGCUGCCUCGGCCGGCUCGAAAUGGAAGAUGCAAAUAGGACCAGGAGUUCCAGCUUCCGCAAGAUUCAAGAAGAAAGCGGAAAGGGAAGAAUGGAUAGACGAACAACAAGUGCAGGAUCUGAAACGUAAAGGACCGUCCGCGGAAUACGACGACGUGGUCCCGCCCAAGAAGACCGCUCGUUCGUCCGUGGAGAAGAGCGUGAGCGUGAGGAAGGCGAUGGCGAUGAAGGAACCGCCGCCGAUGAAGAAACCGGAAUCGCCCAAGAAGGCGAAGAAGACGCCGUCGCCCGCGCCCAAACCCGUCGUCACAGCCGGUCAGGUGGUGUUGGACAAGUUCGGCAAUUUCAGACUGAUGACGCCGCCCGAGAUGAAGAAGGCGGGAAAUAGUAGGGAUCCUCCGUUACCGCCAGGUGCGCCGCCGCAGCAAAAAGCCGCCCCGUCAGGUCGCAGACCGCCGGAACCACCGGGCCGACCUAGGUCGGACAGUCGGUCGCCGGCUCGCAAGUCUAGAUCGCGCGACAAGUACAGCCGUUCGAGGUCGUCAAGCGAGUCGCGAUCCAGAUCGAGGAGCUAUCGCAGUCGAUCCCGCUCCUAUUACAGCCGGUCGAGAUCGCGAUCGGGCAGUUACUACUCCAGGAGCAGAUCGAGGUCGAGGAGCUACUCGGGCGAGAGACGACACUACAGAAGGGGCGGUUUCAGGGGCCGGUUCAACGAUCGCGGCACCUACUACAAACCCAGGUUCCAAAAUCCGAGGAUCCGCGGCGGAAGAGGCGGUUAUUAUAACAGGGAUAACAGAGGUCGAGGUCGUCCCUACGGCAAUAAUAACAGUUAUUACAAUAACAGGGGCAUGAGGCGUCCGCCGCGCGGCAGGUACCCCCCGAGGGGCGGUUACAGGGAUUACAGAGACAGGCGACACGACAGGAGCCGUUCGAGGGACCGCAGCAGGUCGUACAGCAGGACGCCCGACUCCGAUUCCGGCAACGACGCGAUGAAGAAGGUCAACACCGAAAAGGACAAGAUCAACAAGUAUCUGAACAACGACGGGAACAACGUCAAGCACGAGGGUCCUUUGUCGGAAGGCGAGGAUAGGGACGAUUACACCGCGACUACCAGUGCCCCCGGUACUAGUGAUAAAUUGAUCGAUAGGGAGGCUUUCGACGGUAAAUGGGCCGAGAAGAAAGAUGCGGGAGGAGGAGGUGGUGAGGAACAAGAGGGCGGUGGUGGUGAUGGUGGUAGUAAUAUUCCAUCGGAAACGAACAUUGAGGAAAUGGAUAAGUUUUUGAGCAAAGUUAAAAAGGAUAAAAAGGAAGAAAUGUUGGAGAGAAAUAAGGAUUUAUUGAAGAAUAAAACUUGAAGUUGAUAUUAGCACUUUUCGCUCUAAGUUUUCUUUUGUUGACUGAUUGGUAUAACUGAUUAGUUUAUAUGUAUGUACAAUUUCCAAAAAUAAAUUUAAAUGUUUGAGAUCUA